AUGAAGAUUGGCUUAGUUGAACUAUUGCUUCUUUUAUUCUUUCCUUGUACAUACUGUGAAACAAAAGAGGCCAUGCUUUUGUCACUCUUAGUCUUUGCUUACUUUCAUGAAGCAAUAAAGUUGAUAAGUCAAAAGCACGAAAAGGCCCAAGGUGGGGCCAGUUCACAGGCACCAAAUAAGCAAUCAUCCCAUGUCGAUCAACAUAUGCAACUUAAAUUGGAUACCAUCAGCCAAGAAAUGACUUGCAUAAAAGAAACAAUGAAAGAGCAUAUAGCUUAUAUGAAACAGGUGGUUGACCAAGAGAGAGCUAACAAAGAAACAGCUCAUGCAAGAGAAAUAGUUAAUCGAGAUAUCGCUCGAAUAAAGCACAUGCUGCAAGAAGCAAUGGUUAAUCAAGAGUUAGGCCAUCAAAAUAUUGUUAGCAUAGAUAUAUCUCUCAAGCAUAUGGUGGGAACAAGACUAGCUAGUGUACAAGAUAAGAUAAGUCGUUUGGAAAAGUCAAUUAACCAAGUACAAGAACAAAAACAGGCAAAGGCUAAAGUAGUGGAACUAUCAAAUGAACCUGAGUCUCCUUCUCUACCAGCACCACGCCCUGCGAUAGUAAAAGAACAUCCAAAUGAUCCUCUGGACUCUUUACCACGACCACCUUCUACGGAUUCCAUUAAUUCUGAUCCAUUUGAAAUAGUUGAUAAAUAA